GUGGGCGGGACCGGAAGCGGAACCGGAAGCACCAUCAGGGGAUCGGCGGGACUGGGACGGGGAUCGGCAUCACCGGGGCUGGCAGGAGCACCGGGACCGGAGAGGGGCAGCGCAGCCCGGCCGGCUCAGCCGGGGACCCGUGGGAGUCCCUGGUCCGGCCCCGACGCGCCCGGCGGCGGCUCGGGGAUGGGUCCGGCCGGCCCCCGGCGCCCCCCGGCGCCCCCCGGAGCUGCCGCCGGCCCCCGCCGCUGCCGGGGGUGAGGUCCCGCCGCCCCAGCCAUGGCCGCGUGCGGCUGUAACGCGCUCCUGGCCGCGGCCAGGGCCAGUUUCAGGGGCUGCCAUCUCCUGGCUCACUCCAGCCCUCUGUGCUCUCCUGCCGUUGCUCUUGUCCAUCUGGUGGAUUUCCAGUUCACCCGGACUUCAAGGGACCCCAAAAGCCACCCCUGGGUGCACCACGCCCGCCUGGGCACUGUCCUGCCUCGCUGCCCUGCCCACACCCUGCACACCUCCAGCAGCCCCCGGCAGCAGCUCCCGGGUGAAUCCCUGCCCCACCGAAACCCCGGGAACCAGGGAGCUAAAGCUGCCAAAACUCUGGCAAAGCAGACCCUAGUGGCCCCCGUGGCAAAAAAGUCCCUGCGACAGAAGGCUGUGGAUGAGCUGAAGCAUUACUACAGCGGGUUCCACCUGCUCUGGACUGACACCAAGGUGGCUGCCAGGAUGGUGUGGAGGCUGCUCCAUGGGCAGGUGCUCACCAGGAGGGAGAGGCGCAGGCUGCUGAGAACUUGUGCAGAUCUCUUCCGGCUGGUUCCCUUCCUGGUGUUUGUCAUUGUCCCCUUCAUGGAGUUCCUGUUACCUGUGUUCUUGAAGCUCUUCCCUCAAAUGCUGCCCUCGACGUUUGAGACGGAGUCAAAAAGGGAAGAAAAGCAGAAGAAGAAGUUAAACGCAAAGCUGGAGUUAGCCAAGUUUCUGCGGGAGACCAUUGCAGAGAUGGCCAAAAGGAACAAAGCAGACACAGGAAAAGGGAAACAAUUCUCCUCUUACCUGCACGAGAUGCACCACCCGCCCAGCACGCAGGAGAUCCUGCGCUUCUCCAAGCUCUUCGAGGACGAGCUGACCCUGGAGCACCUGGAGAGGCCGCAGCUGGUGGCCCUGUGCAAGCUGCUGGAGCUGCAGCCCAUCGGCACCAACAACCUGCUGCGCUUCCAGCUGCUGCUGCGGCUGCGCAGCAUCAAGGCCGACGACGAGAUGAUUGCCAAGGAAGGGGUGUCUGGCCUGAGCGUGUCGGAGCUGCAGAGCGCCUGCAGGGCCAGAGGGAUGCGCUCACUGGGGCUCACUGAGGAGCAGCUGAAGGAGCAGCUGGGGCAGUGGCUGGAUCUGCAUUUAAAGGAGAACGUUCCCUCUUCUCUCCUCCUGCUUUCCCGUGCCUUGUACUUAAUAGACCUAAAGCCACAAUCUGUUCCCAUUCCACAGAACAAGACAAGUGAAUCUGCUGGAGUGAUGACAUCCAUGCUUGAAGGUCAGGAGACCCUCCUGGAUCCUGCCCCUGUUGUACAAGGAAAAAAGAAUGAAGAAUUUGUGUCCCAGCCAAGAGAGAAAUUGCCCUUCUCGGAGGCGUCAGUGAAGCCUCCCCCACGAGAGACCAAAAUGGAAGCAUCCCAGAGCAGCAAGGCUGGUGCCAACGGAGCCUAACCUGGUGGCAGCACUGGGAGGAAGCAGCUUCCAUCUCCACACCUCCUGCAAAGGGAACAGGGAUUUCCCAGGAGGCUGCUCUACACAACAAGGCAAUAGCCCUCAGGGGCCUCUCUCUCUGUCUCUGUCCCAGGCUUUUUAGCAACUAGGCCACUGCUGUCUGGAUGGCCCCAGACAUCUCUUUUGUGCUGGAUCCUUGCCCUGCUACUUUUAACUUAUGGUGUAAAUAUGUUAAUAAUGGUGCUGCUGUCUGUGCUGUUCCUGAGCAGGUGUUUGUGCUUAGCAAAGGCAGCUUUUCAUGUUCAGAAUGGCCUGUGCACAGAGCAGGCUGGGCAGGGGUCCAGCAAAGCCUGUUCUGCAGUGUGAAAUCCUCUGCAGGGACAUCCCCACACACCCAGGGCCAGCAGCUUGUGCUGUGUCACAGCUCAGGCUCGUGUCCUGAUUAGGGUGUUUUAACCAGUGACCCUCGUGGGUCAGUGUUUUAACCAGUGACCAGCCCACAGUGAGCCACGUGGUGGCCACAGUUUUACUGAGGAGGGUAACCACAGGGAGGGAGGGAGCAGCACUCAGUGCUGUGGUAGAACUGAUCAGAAGGGCCUCAGACCUUGCUGGACAGGAGCAGAGCAGUGACAGGAGCAGCCUCCACCUGUGAGUGUUUGCUUCCCCAGUGAGGGCUUUGCAGUGCCACACACUGUGACAGAAUCACACUUGCACUUUCAGGAUCCCUCUGGAAGGGAGGGAACAACCCAGGACCUGCACACCCUUCCCAAGUGUGGAGAUUUGGUUAAUCCUUACCAGGCUGAGAAUACUCACCAAGUGCUCUCCAUGCUUCUCAAAGUAGCUCCUCACACACUCCAGUGAUGACUCAGUUUUUUGCCAGACUCUCAGAGGAUACUGAAAAGCUGUUUUUAGCAUUUGUUAAAUUUUUUACUCCGUCCUAUGUAAAUGCUGAGAAAUUACUCACAUUAUGGGUUUUAAAUAUGUAUAUUUAUACUUACUGUAAAUUUUAGAUUUGGUGCUAAGUAGGAAUGAAACAUCUCUUCCAGAGCCUUUAGAACAACCCGACUGAAAGCCAGUUCUCCAAGGUCAGGUGUGAGCAGCACUUUAAACCUGAGGCCUCAGGCUCCUACAGCAGGGCAGAGCCAGCUGCCAGGUGUUCUGUGUCCUCAGCUCUGUACCUGAACCUCUCCUUGUUCCUCCAGCCUGUCUGCAGUGCUGGAUCUGUGUCUAAUAAACGGGAGCAAAUGUUAUUUCAAUAAAAUAACACCCUUGCUGU